GCUGCGUGCCUCUGUCCCUGUUCCCUCUCUCUCUCUCUGUGUAUCUUUACUCUUUGGUCUCUGCUCUUUCUAUUUCCACACUCUCCCGCUUGGCUCUUCGCAUUCACUACUUUCUCGCAGUUUCUCUCGUCUUACCUCAAUGGCUAUCAACCGAGACUCCUCGCCCCCGCCGAUGAUCGGAAAAAUCGGCCCGUACACGGUGUUCAUGACCCCGCCUUCCACCCCCAAGCCUUCUCAGCAACCGUUCUCCGAUUCGCCCAAAAAGAUCGUCUCUCCGCCUCCUGUGCAGCCUCCGCCGCAACAGUUCAGUAAGUCCACUGACACCGGGUUGUCCGAUGGGUCCUUCUUGGGCUUCUUCAAGAAUGCCGUAACCAAAGUGCAGAAUGUGCAUUCCAGUUUGGAUGACCAUUUGGCGCGCUGGUUUGGGUUGAAUCAGUCAAAGUAUCAGUGGGCGCUAGACGACUAUUAUGAGAGCAAGGGAUUGGAAAAGGGGGAUGCCAAAGCAAAAGAUACAUCAAGCAAAGUACAGAGUGUGUAAAAUGCUUGUUUGCUGGUAACUUAAUGUUUGUUCUUUAUUUUUGUUUUACCAGAAAUGACUAUUUGUAGGUUCUUGAACCUGGAAAUAUUGUUGGUAUGCAGAAAUCUUUAGAAGUGAAAGUGUCUGCAGACUCUUUUUAAGUAUACUAUCUAUCUCUCUCUCUCUCUCUCUAUAUAUAUAUAUAUAUACACACCUAUGUAUGGAAUAGCAGAAAGGUAGCGAAUUCGUGAAGGAUCCUUUGUUCAACAUCUGGGAUCUGGUUAAUGUGAUUCUCUCCUAGUGCAGGAGGUCACUGAACUUGAUUGUACUUAAUGAGCCAUGUAAUCUCGUUUCAAGUUGUUUUUUUCUCUUCUUUCCUUUCUCUGAGCCAAACUUUUCGUUCAUGUGUACUCAAUUGAGCUGCCACCUAAUUUAGUUUGGGUCAAGUUUUUGGUCUUGUACCUUGGAAACUGUUAAUGUAUUUGUAUUGGUUUU